AUGCUGCAUGUAAGUUUCAACUUCAGAUAUGUUGAGCCGAAGUCACCCAAAAUUAUUUGUGAAGAAAAUUUGCCUGAAUUAGAAGAAGAACUUCUUAAUGAAGAACAGAAACAACGUAGUCGUCUGCAGCAGCUUCACUUUCAAAUAAAAGAGCUGAGAGAAUUGGAUUUGCCAACAAAGGAAACGGAAGACGAAUUAUGGGAUGUGCAAACUGCAAUUACAAUGCUCUGCAGAAAAGUUAAAAGUAUACGUGUGAAAAAAGUGGAGGAAGUAGAAACUCGUAAAAGCGGCGUGCCUACGCCCACACUCGAAAUGUUUGAAGAAAAGCAGUUACUUGCAGCUUGUACGGCUCUGCGCGAGGAUAUUGCUCGUUAUAGGUCGGAAAUAAUCACUUUGGAUCGACAUUUACAAGUGGUAAAUGAAAGUAAAAGUACAGAGACGGCGAAGGACAAUGAAGAUGAUGAGGAAGAUAAAGAUUUUUGGCGUAAAGAAUGCUUGAAGGAGGAGAAAAAGCGUGAAGAUUUAUUAUCAGCUAUCACUUCACUUCGAUAUGACUGCUGUCAGUUACGAGCACAAAUUGAACUAAAUGCAGUCAAACGACCCGCAUUGUUAAUUACGCGGUUCUAA